UCUCUUCUUUUUGAAACCCUAAUUUUCAAAUUACGCAGAUUUCCCAUUACACACCGAAGCUUUUUCUCAGGUUUGAUUUUGAAAGCGAUUUGAAGAGGAAAAGAUGAGACCUGUUUUCGCUGGGAAUUUGGAGUACGAUACUCGUCAAUCAGACCUCGAACGCUUGUUCUCAAAGUAUGGCAGGAUUGAACGCGUUGAUAUGAAAUCUGGUAUAAUUGUUACUUUGUUGUUGUAGAAGUUUUUAGUUUCAGUUUCAAGAUUAUAGCUUAACCCUUUGAUGCUUUUUGAGUACUAAAUUUUUCUUUGUUAAAAAGUGGUUAACAAAAAUCUGCAUUGUCACCGAAAUUUGUGUCAUUGUGGGUCUGAAGAACUGUAAGUAAUGACUUGUGUAUUAAUAGAUUAGGUGUGUUGUAGAUUGUGUGAAGUUAGUGUGUCGAUCGGUUAUAAGCAAAAAGAGUUUUGUUGUUUAUGGUAUAAACAAGGCACUAGGGUACUGCGAACGACCAUGUUCUGGAAUUUGGAUAUGGAGUUAUGGACAUGUAGCUGCUAAUGUGGCUCGAAUGUCUAGUUCCUAUAUCCUGGUGGAAAAAGAAAUGGCAGACGCAAAAUUGCAAUGCCUUUGAAAAAAAUCUUUGGUUUUUAAGUGUUUCUUUUGACGCAGGAACUUCUACUAAGGGAAAAUAUGCUGAGCAUCUGUCUUGGCUUGCCAACCUCUCUGCAAAUUUUUUUUUGGAAGGAAACCUUCCUGCUUGUCUGCUCUCAUUCUAUCCAUCCACAGAUCUGCAUUUUCUCACGUGAUCAUUCGUCACUCACUAACCUCAUCACCUAUCAUUCAUCACUGACAUUUCAACCAGAACGAUUUUAGUGGGAUCAUCAAUCAAUUUAUUAAGCCAUGCCUAGCUUCACUGAAUAUAUUUCUGAAAUCUCUUGUGCUGUCUGAAUGGAGAAGCAUGCUUGGCACUUACAAUCUCAGAUCUGAAUUUUGGAUUUAAACCUUUAAAUGCAAUCAUGAUUUGUUUCCUCAUUCAACACAUCUACAGCUUCAUGUGCAUCAGUCCACACUUAUAUUCAGGAUUUGCUUUUGUCUAUUAUGAAGAUGAGCGUGAUGCUGAAGAAGCAAUCCGUGCACUUGACAAUGUUCCAUUUGGGCAUGAUAAGCGACGACUGUCUGUGGAGUGGGCUAGGGGUGAACGUGGGCGUCAUCGUGAUGGUUCAAAGGCAAACCAGAAGCCCACAAAAACUCUUUUUGUGAUUAACUUUGACCCAAUUCGCACAAGAGUUAGUGAUAUAGAGAGACACUUCAAACCUUAUGGGGAGCUUCAUCAUGUUCGAAUUCGUCGGAACUUUGCAUUUGUGCAGUAUGAAACACAAGAAGAUGCUACUAAAGCCUUAGAGUGUACAAAUAUGAGUAAGAUACUAGACAGGGUGGUGUCUGUGGAGUAUGCUCUGAGGGAUGAUAGUGAGAGGGUCGACAAUUAUGGAAGUCCCAGAAGAGGAGGGGGUCUUGCUAGAUCUCCCAGUCCAGGUUAUCGUAGGAGACCAAGUCCUGACUAUGGCCGUCCACGCAGUCCUGUGUAUGAUAGGUAUAGUGGACCGGACAGGCGGAGGAGUCCUGAUUACGGAAGGAACAGGAGUCCUGAUUACGGCAGGAACAGGAGUCCUGAUUACGGCAGGAACAGGAGUCCCGAAUAUGGAAGAUAUCGCAGUCGUUCACCUAUACGAAGGUCGAGAACUUAGGUGAUGUCUGGUUUGACUUUGAGGGUAAGUAGCAGGGCUUCGGUCGGUGGCACUUUAUUACUGUCUUGAUUUUAGAAUAGUAAGUGGUAUGCUAUUAUGUACUUAAGAGUACUUGGGUCUUAUGUGGAUUAGAAUGGUUUGGUUUGCCUCUUUGCUAUGUAGUAAUCAUUGUGCUCUUAUAGGAACUGAAUUCAAAACUGUUUAGAGUCGGAAUUAUUGAUCAUAUUAUUGCAGGGACAUCAUGUUAUGCUGUGACUGAAUGUGAAUGCUAAUUGAAUCUGUGUUUUUCUAGUA